AUGACCCUUGUUUUGGUGUAUCAUCUACUAAACCGGUUUCCCAAGCGAGUUGAUAAUCUGUCUGCGAACGCUCUGUCUGUUGAAAACAGUACAGUCAAUCCAAAGAAUACGACAAGAAAGAAUAUUACAGGGACCUUUCAACUUGAUGAUUCCUUUCCAAUUCGACUUUGUCGAUUGUAUAUAUUGACUUUAGCUAGAGAGGACGAUAUGUUUGGCUUCGAAUCCACCCUGGCCAAGCUUCUUAUAUUCCUGUCUUGUCUCAAGGCAGCCGACCACUUGUUUUAUAAUUGUCAGCUAGACAUCUUGAAUCAGAAUCUUCCCUUUAGACGUUUUCCAUUGAAUUGUAUAUCUGUGCCUGAGGGAAUCAACAUUAUUUUAAGAGGGUUAGGACAUAUUGAAACUAGGGAUGCCAAAAUAAAAGUUAAAUGGCCGUGGACUACUUUCAGGACAGCACUAGUUAAUGCGAACCUCUAUGGUAGAAUGGCAAUGGAUACAAAUCAUACAGGACAGUUUGGUGAUUAUGAAACUAAUUUAGUAUGGAAUGAUGAGGAAGGACAUCAAAAAUUGGAUUAUUAUAUUGAAAACUAUUGCCGGGAUAAAAUUGCGAAAACCUUGACACAUGAUGAUGAAGGCUAUUCUUUAAUGGAUCGUUCUGCGGCACACGAAUGGGUAAAAGAACAACUUCAAGAGAUGCCAGAUCUCUUAGACUUAUAUACAGGGAGAAUCCCCUUUGACGAUCUGAAUGCGGAGUCAUCUUUUCAAGCUUUAGGAUUGAAAAGAAUGACGAUCCUGGAUCAGGCCUUAGUGAACGGUUUGUUUAGCCCGCUUCUCGCUAUCGAAACCAUAUAUUCCCAUUUCUAUGAGAGAAUGUUUAGUAUGGCGUCUGUUGCACCUUUAGGAAAUGGCAGUCUAGGUCAAGUGUUUAGGGCUGGGAAGGAUAUUAAUCAUGCAUAUACGGCAAAGAUUUUGAGUACUUAUAUGACCGAUGACGAGAUCGCAUUCGGGUUUUCUUUAGUUCCUUCAAUAUCUUUUGAGUUGUAUGAGGACGAGUCGGAAGAUGAAUUACAUUCUGGUGUAGAAUCCCUGAUAAGCUUCCUUGACAAAUUCUAUAUUCCUCGUCGUGCCGACAACUAUGUGUUUCCAAUUUCUCCAAUACCAGCGAGUGAUGCUGGUGAUGAUGGGCAUGAGCGUGGAUCAGUCCAGUCGCCUUCGAAUUGGUCGGGAGAUGACAUCGAAUUCGCCUCAUCUCUUACUGCAGAUGAGCUUCUCGUUCUUUUCGUUCUCAGACAUUUUUAA